ACGGCUGCAGAGCCCGGCUAGUAGCCAGCGAGGACGCACGCCGCCUGCCCGCCCUCCUCUCCAGCCUGAGCCGGCACCUGCAGCACCACCAUGUUCAAGGGGCUGAGCAAAGGCUCCCAGGGGAAGGGAUCCCCCAAGGGCUCCCCAUCCAAGGGGUCCCCUAAAGGCUCCCCCAGCAAGCACAGUAGGGCUGCCACCCAGGAACUGGCCCUGCUCAUCUCCCGCAUGCAAGCUAACGCCGACCAGGUGGAGAGGGACAUCCUGGAGACCCAGAAGAAGCUGCAGCUGGACCGGCUGAACAGUGAGCAAAACCAGGCCCUGCAGCACCAGCAGGAGACUGGCCGCAACCUGAAGGAGGCGGAAGUGUUGCUCAAAGAUCUUUUCCUGGAUGUGGACAAGGCCCGGCGGCUCAAGCACCCACAGGCCGAGGAGAUCGAGAAGGACAUCAAGCAGCUACAUGAGCGGGUGACCCAGGAGUGCGCUGAGUACCGAGCUCUGUAUGAGAAGAUGGUGCUGCCCCCUGACGUGGGGCCCAGGGUCGACUGGGCACGUGUGCUGGAGCAGAAACAGAAGCUGGUCUGUGAGGGCCAGUAUGGGCCUGGGAUGGCAGAGCUGGAGCAGCAGAUUGCAGAACACAACAUCCUGCAGAGGGAGAUUGAGGCUUUCGGGCAGCAGCUGCGAACUCUGGUGGGGCAGGAUGCAGCCACCAUCCGGAACCAAUACCGGGACCUACUGAAAGCGGCCUCCUGGCGCCGGCAGAACCUGGGCAGCCUGUACACACACCUGCAAGGCUGCAUGCGGCAGCUGAACACCCUGGUGGAGCAACAAGGCCGCAUCUUGCAGCAGGACUGGAGCGACCUCAUGCCCGACCCUGCAGGAGUGUGGCGGGAGUACGAGCGCUUCAAGCAGCAUGAGCUGCUGGGCCAGGAACAGAGCAUAACCCAGCUGGAGGAUGAUGCAGAGCGCAUGAUAGAACUUGGGCACCCAGCCAUAGGGCCCAUCCAGGUCCACCAGGAGGCCCUGAAGAUGGAGUGGCAGAAUUUCCUAAACCUGUGUAUCUGCCAGGAGAGCCAUCUGCAGCACGUGGAAGAUUAUCGGAAGUUCCAGGAAGAGGCCGACUCAGCCAGCCAGACUCUGGCUAAGCUCAACUCCAACUUGGACACCAAGUACAGCCUUGCCCCUGGGGGCUCCUCUGGCUCCCCCGCAGAACUUCUACUACAGCUGGAGGCAGAGGAAAAGCAGCUGACUGUGGCUGAGCGGGCCAUUGGGGACCUGCAGCAGCAGAGCCAGGCAGUGGCCCCUCUGCCACAGCGCAGGAACUCGCCCAAACAGCCCCUGCAAGUGGACAGCAUCUGUGACUGGGAUUCAGGAGAAGUGCAGCUGCUUCGGGGAGAACGGUACACACUCAUGGAUAACGCUGACCCACACACCUGGGUAGUUCAGGGUCCUGGGGGAGAGACCAAGAGUGUCCCAGCCACCUGCCUCUGCAUCCCAGCACCAGACCCUGAAGCUGUGGCCAGGGCCUCCAGACUGGCCUCGGAGCUGCGGACUCUGAAGCAGAAAAUGGCUACAGUAAAGAGCCAUCUGAAGGCCACUGCUGCGGAACCCCUACAGCCUGGCCAGCAGGCCGGUUCAGCCCCAGCUGAUCCACAAGCUCAGAAGCUCCUGACACAGAUGACCCAGUUGGAUGGGGACCUAGGACAGAUUGAGAAGCAGCUGCUGACCUGGACCCGGACCCCACUGAACCGUUCCACUCCAUUGGACGACCUAGAGGGCCGCAUUCACAGCCAUGAGGGUACAGCACAGCACCUUCAGCGCCUGGGAACCGAGAAGGAGGCAACCCAGCAGGAGUGUGAAGCAUUUCUGUCUGUCAAGCCUGUGGGCCCAGCUGCCCUGCAGUUGCCUGUGGCCCUCAACAAUGUCAAGAACAAGUUUAAUGACAUGCAGAUUCUGUGCAACCUCUACGGGGAGAAAGCCAAGGCUGCCCUGGGUCUGGAACGGCAGAUCCAGGAGGCGGACAGGGUCAUCCGAGGCUUUGAGUCCACCCUAGCCCAGGAGGGCUCUAUCCCCGAAGGCUCAGGGGCACUGCAGGAGAGGGUCAGAGAAUUGAAGCACCAGCAGAGGGAGCUCCUGGAGCAACAGGCCUGCCUGCUGGGGCUGCACCGCCAGCUGAAGACCACUGAGCACGCAUGCGGCGCUCUGCAGAACAACUUCCAGGAGUUCUGCCAGGAUCUGCCACGCCAGCAGCGCCAGGUGCGGGCCCUCACAGACCGCUACCAUGCUGUGGGGGACCAGCUGGAUCUGAGGGAGAAGAUAGUGCAGGAUGCCUGCCUCACCUACCAGCAGUUUAAGAACUGCAGGGACAACCUGAGCUCGUGGCUGGAGCAGCUGCCCCACAACCGGGUGCGGCCGAGCGAUGGGCCCAGCCAGAUCGCUGACAAGCUGCAAGCACAGAAGAGGCUGAUGCAGGAAAUCCAGGGUCGGGAGCAAGACAGAGCCACAGUGUCCCGCCUCUCCCAGGACCUGCAGGAAGCUCUUCAGAACUACGAGUUGCAGGCAGAUACCUACCGCUGCUCCCUGGAGCCCACCCUGGCAGUAUCAGCCCCCAAGAGACUCCGAGCGAUCCCCCUGCAGGAGAGCAUCCAGGACCAGGAGAAGAACCUUGCCAAGGCCUACACUGAGGUUGCAGCAGCCCACCAGCAGCAGCUACACCAGCUGGAAUUUGCUAGAAGGAUGCUGGAGAAGAAGGAGCUCAGUGAGGACAUCCAAGUGGCCCAUGAUGCAAAGCAGGGGUCUGUGAGCCCCUCACAAGCAGGGAGGGAGUCGGAGGUCCUGAAGUCCCAGCUGGAGGAGGAGAGGAAGCGAGUGGCUCAGGUGCAGCAGGAGCUGGAGGAGCAGAGGCACCACCUGCUGCAGCUGAGGACCCAGCAGCCCGUGGAGAGGCUGGAGGAGAAGGAAGUGGUGGAGUUCUACCGGGACCCCCAGCUGGAGAGCAACCUGUCCAGGAUGUCAUCCCAGGUGAAAGAGGAGGGCAAGAGGCGAGCUGGCCUACAGGCAGAGCUGGAAGAAGUGGCCCAGAAGGUCAUCCAACUGGAGGGCAAGAGGAAGACCAUGCAGCCUCAUCUGCUGACCAAAGAGGUCACCCAAAUUGAGAGGGACCCCAGCCUGGACAGCCAGGCGACCCAGCUACACGGGGAGAUGCAGAGGCUACGUGGAGAGGAUACCCUCAUCUCAGCCCAGCUGGAGGAGUUGAAGGAUGAGCUGUUGACCUUGGAGCAGAAGGAAGCAAAUGUGAAGGAGAAAGUUGUGGUCAAAGAAGUGGUUAAGGUGGAGAAGGAUCUGGAGAUGGUCAAGGCAGCCCAGACUCUAAGGCUGCAGAUUGAGGCGGAUGCUGCCCGGAGGAAGGGGGCAGAGGAAGCCGUGGUCAAGCUACAGGCUCGCAUCAAAGACCUGGAGCAGGUGAUCAGCUCCGUGGAGCCCAAGGUCAUUGUGAAGGAGGUGAAGAAGGUUGAGCAGGACCCUGGCCUUCUCAAAGAGGCCUCCAGGCUGAGAAGCCUCUUGGAGGAGGAGAAGAACAAAAAUGCUCUGCUGGCCAGAGAACUGAGGGAUCUGCAGGACAAGUACACCGUGGCAGAGAAGCAGAAGCCAAGGGUGCAGCUCCAGGAGCGGGUCCACGAGAUCUUCCAGGUCGACCCUGAGACGGAGCGGGAGAUCGCACGGCUCCAGGCCCAGCUGCAGGAGACGGCCAGCAAGAGGAGCGUCGUGGAGCAGGAGGUGGAGAAGCUGCUGCCCGAGCUGGACGUCCUGCGGGCCCAGAAGCCCACGGUGGAGUACAAGGAGGUGACCCAGGAGGUGGUGAGGCACGAGCAGAGCCCGGAGGUGCUGCGUGAGAUCGACCGCCUCAAGGCUCAGCUUAACGAACUGGUCAACGCCCAUGGGCGCUGCCAGGAGCAGCUCAUCCGGCUGCGGGGGGAGCGGGAUGAGUGGAAGCGGGAGAGGUCCAAGGUGGAGACCAAGGUGGUGAGCAAGGAAGUGGUGCGCCAUCAGAAGGACCAGGUGCUGGAGAAGGAGGCCGAGCGGCUCCGCCAGGAAGUUCGGGAGGCGACUCAAAAGCGGCGAGCGACCGAGGCCGUGGUCUAUGAGCUGCAGAACAAGUACCUGCUGCUGCAGAGGAGGCGUCCGGAGGAGAAGGUGGUGGUGCAGGAGGUGGUGGUCACCCAGAAAGAUCCGAAGCUGCGUGAGGACCACAGUCGGCUGAGCUGCAGCCUGGAUGAGGAGGUGGGGCGCCGGCGGCGCCUGGAGCGCGAGGUGCAGCAGCUGCGCGCGGGCGUGGAGGAGAAGGAGGGCCUGCUCAGCUUCCAGGAGGACCGCGCCAAGAAGCUGGCCGCCGAGAGGGAGGUGAGACAACUGACCUUGAAGAUCCAGGAACUGGAGAAGCGACCUCCUGCCAUGCAGGAGAAGAUCAUCUUGGAGGAAGUGGUCAAGUUGGAGAAGGACCCGGAUCUGGAGAGGUCCACUGAAGCCCUGAGGAGAGACCUGGACCAGGAGAAGAUGAAAGUGAUGGAGCUGCACCGGGAGUGCAAGAGCCUGCGGAUGCAGAUUGACCUUCUUCGGAAGACGAAGUCACAGGGGAAGACGAUCUAUAAGGAAGUGGUCAGGGUGGAGAAGGACCCUGUGCUGGAGGGUGAGAGGGCCCGGGUGUGGGAAAUCCUCAACCGGGAGCGUACAGCGCGCCAAGGCCGGGAGGAGGAGGUGCGACGCCUGCAAGAGCGGAUUGACCGGGCCGAGGCACUGAGUAGGACCUGGUCCCGCGAGGAGGCUGAGCUGCAGAAGGCCAGGGACCAGGCCAGCCAGCACCGUGUCUGGCUGCAAAAGGAGCUGCGGGAGCUGGAGUUGCAGAAGCAGCGGAGAGCCCUGCAGCUGCAGGAGGAAGGGAAACUGCUCAGCCAGAAGACGGAGAGCGAGCGCCAAAAGGCAGCCCAGAGGGGCCAGGCCCUGUCGCAGCUGGAGGCAGCCAUUCUGCACGAGAAGGACCAGAUCUAUGAGAAGGAGAGGACCCUUCGGGAUCUGCACACCAAGGUGAGCCGGGAGGAGCUGAGCCAAGAGACCCAGACCCGAGAGACGAACCUUUCCACCAAGAUCUGCAUCUUGGAACCAGAGACUGGGAACGACAUGUCUCCCUAUGAGGCCUACAAGAGGGGCAUCAUCGACAGGGGCCAGUACCUCCAGCUGCAGGAGCUCGAGUGUGACUGGGAGGAAGUCACUACCUCAAGCCCCUGUGGGGAGGAGUCUGUGCUCCUGGACCGCAAGAGUGGGAAGCAAUACUCCAUCGAGGCUGCCCUCCGCUGCCACCGCAUCUCUAAGGAGGAGUAUCACCUGUAUAAGGAUGGACGCCUCCCUAUCUCUGAGUUUGCCCUGCUUGUGGCAGGGGAGACCAAGCCCUGCCCCUCACUCUCCAUUGGCUCCAUCAUCUCCAAAUCCCCACUGUGCUCCUCAGCCCCCCAGAACACCGGUUCCUCAUCCCUAGGCCUCUCUCUUGGGCUCACUGAGGACAGCUUCCCCAUCGCUGGGGUUUACGACACAACCACAGACAAUAAGUGCAGCAUUAAGAUGGCUGUGGCCAAGAACAUGCUGGACCCCAUCACCGGGCAGAAGUUACUGGAGGCCCAGGCAGCAACAGGGGGCAUUGUAGACCUCCUCAGCCGGGAACGCUACUCGGUGCACAAGGCAGUGGAGCGGGGACUCAUCGAGAACACCUCCACACAACGGCUACUCAAUGCCCAGAAGGCCUUCACUGGCAUUGAAGACCCAGUCACCAAGAAGAGGCUGUCGGUGGGCGAGGCCAUCCAGAAAGGCUGGAUGCCCCAGGAGAGUGUGCUUCCGCACCUGCUGGUGCAACACCUGACUGGGGGGCUCAUUGACCCCAGGAGGACGGGCCGUAUCCCUGUCCCUGAGGCUGUGCUCUAUGGCAUGAUCAGUGAAGACCUGGGCCAGCUUCUGCAGGAUGAGUCAGGCUAUGAGAAGGAUUUGACAGACCCCAUCACCAAGGAACGGCUGAGCUACAAGGAAGCCAUGGGACGCUGCCGCAAAGACCCUCUGAGCGGCCUGCUGCUCCUCCCAGCAGUGCUGGAAGGGUACCGCUGCUACCGCGCAGGCUCUCCCACCCUGCCACGAUCCUGUGUGCGCUGACUGGGUGCUAAGCAGAGAGACAAAGAGGAUGCACACACCCUUCAUCCUGGAGCAGAAUAAUCCCAGACUGGGGGGUGUGGGGGGUCUUCCCUCUGUCCAUCCAUUUCUUCUUAUUACUCAAACAUUCACGGUGUUGGGCUCCAUCCCCAAUCUCGGGGAGCUCCAUUUUCCAUCCCACCCCUCCCCCAUGCUUCCAAUAAAUGAAUUCUCUCAGUGCCUUAUCUGGCUCACAUUUGGGGAGAUGGGAUCAAUGUGUCUAGGGUUUGGGCCCGGGGCAGAUCUGCUUGGACACAUC